AUGAACAGAAGAGACCGCCUACGGGUGAAAAGAACUCCCGACUCAACACUAAACCUUGGGGUGGAUGAGAUGGUUAUGCUCCAGACGCCGGCUCCAAGAGCAAGGGCCAACAAAAGCGUGGAGCCUGUGGAGACGAAUAGAUACGAGCUGGGAGCAAGGAACAUAAGAGGAUAUCCGGUUUACAUAGCGAUUGCCAUCUCAUAUGCCUUGUUUUUCUACAUGGCUGCCAAAAGACCAAUAGAUUCGAUGGUGAUGAUGAAUCUGAUGGAGGAGAUAAGCAUACUAAGAGAGGAGAGUGCCCGAAUGAGCAGGCAAAUGGAGACGAUGAAGAGCACAAAGGAGGUGAACUAUGCAAAGAUUGAGGAAGGAGCAAGGAUAAGGAUUGAGGAUACAUCCCAGCUGUUUUUGUAUGGGUUUCUGGGGUUCCGAAAGCACAAGGACCCGGCUACGGUAUUUGACGAGAAUGUCGGUGUUGGAGAGUGUCUAACAUUCAAGGGAUCCAGCUGCAGAUUUUCAGUCGACUUCGACAAGGAGGUUGAGAUCUGCAAGCUUGGGAUCUAUCAUCCCGUUACAAGGGAUACAAGCAGUGCAGUGCAGGAAUUUGAGGUUUUCUCCCAGGGCCCUGAUGGACACCUGCUUGUGGGAGAAUUCAAGUACGACCCAGAUGUAUGUGGGUUCCAGACGUUUGAGUUUGAAGGAAGAACAGUCAAGUCUGUUGAGUUUGUUGUCAAGAGCAAUGGUGGGAACAAAAAGUUCACCUGUAUCUACAAACUCUAUCUUUUCGGCAAUAAAUGA